GGGAGCGCUCCCCCACCGCUGCGCACUCGGACAAAGAUGGCAGCGGCGGCCCGGCUACGCUGGGGAGCGGCGGCUGCUGCUGCGGGGCUGCGUAGGCGAUUCUGUCCUAUGAUGAAUCCAUACACCAUUAAGAAACAGCUUCUGCAUCAGUUUGUACAUAAGCCACGUUUCCCACUGCCUGCAACCUUAUGUAACACAGUGAGACACAUGUUUAUUCAAACACAAGAUACCCCAAAUCCCAACAGUUUAAAGUUUAUCCCAGGAAAACCAGUUCUUGAGACAAGGACCAUGGAUUUUCCCACACCAGCUGCAGCAUUUCGCUCCCCUCUGGCUAGGCAGUUAUUUAGAAUUGAAGGAGUAAAAAGUGUCUUUUUCGGACCAGAUUUCAUCACUGUCACAAAGGAAAGUGAAGAAUUAGACUGGAAUUUACUGAAACCAGAUAUUUAUGCAACAAUCAUGGAUUUCUUUGCUUCUGGCUUACCCUUAGUUACUGAGGAAACAUCUUCAGGAGAAGCAGGAUCUGAAGAAGAUGAUGAAGUUGUGGCAAUGAUUAAGGAAUUGUUAGAUACUAGAAUACGGCCGACUGUGCAGGAAGACGGAGGAGAUGUGAUCUAUAAAGGCUUUGAAGAUGGCAUCGUACAGCUCAAACUCCAAGGUUCUUGUACCAGCUGCCCCAGUUCAAUCAUUACUCUUAAAAAUGGAAUUCAGAACAUGCUGCAGUUUUAUAUUCCAGAAGUAGAGGGUGUAGAACAGGUUAUGGAUGAUGAAUCAGAUGAAAAAGAAGCUAACUCACCUUAAAAUAAUUAGCAUUUUCUUGGGGCCCAGCAGUUGGACUUAUUGAUAAUUAUACCAAGCUUUUAUUAUUAAUCUGCUAAGGAACUUGAGGAUUAAUAAAAUAUGCCCUUUUUCCAGAC